AUGCACAGUGGAGUUGAUGAAAUGCCUGGAAAUCACACUCCCUCUCGCGUACCGCCGCAUCAUCAACAAUCCAAAUUUGUGGAUUCUGGGUAUGGCUCGAGUGCCCCGGGAAAGAGUGUGGCAACCAACGACAAGGACCAAAUACGCAACAAACCUCCUCAGCUUACUUCUGGAAUCACCAGCUGGCCGAGACAGCAUGAUAUGGAAAUAGUAUUCACGGCGGAUGGGGAAGCCGCCGGCGAAGCAAUUGAGUCUCUAGCCCAGAUUGAGGAGGAAGGCAGCAUCUACUCCACAGCAUCUUCAGUUACGGGCUCAUCGAAGAUUGCUUAUGUGAAAUCAAUCGCAAAGGCGAUAUCGGAGAGACUGAAAAUCAACAUUACCCAAGAUGACAUUCAAGAGCAAGUUUGCAAGGCGAUGCCAGCCUUGCUGAAAGACCUGUCACUGAGCAUUGGUGAAAAUGCUGAAUCCUCGCUGGAUUUGGACCUGAUGUACUUCAUUCGGAAAAACCGAAAGUAA